GUUAAAGUGAGAAAAUUACAAAUUCCUAACGCUUUUUCGAAGUAAAGUCGCUUCGGGUACGAUCCGUCCAAGACCGAGAUCUCUUGGGGCGAAUUGACUCUCAAGCCGCGACAUGAUGACAUCAAAACAAGCCCCAGAGUAGACUCUGUCGGGGAAGACGGUGCACGUUGUCGCUUCCCUUCGCCUUUCGUCCGCAUUAACCGGAAAUCUCUCCUCUCGAAGGACUGCCCGACCUUUACACUUCCCAGUAAUUUCGAGGCCACCCUUAUUGGCAUGGCAUCACUGCUAACAAGGCUCGCUAGUACUGUGGGUUGCAGUCUCUCUCACAUAGCUUUCAAGAUGACACCUCGCCCUCUGGUUUUGUGUGGCCCGUCAGGUGCUGGCAAGUCAACAUUGCUGAAGAAACUGUUAGAAGAGUUUGGACCACACUUUGGUUUUUCUGUAUCUCACACGACUCGAUCAUCAAGGCCAGGAGAAGAACACGGCAAAGAGUAUUUCUUUGUUUCAAGAGACGAAAUGCAGGAAGCUAUAGACAAUGGAGAGUUUAUUGAGCAUGCAGAAUAUUCUGGUAACUUGUAUGGUACAAGUAAAAAGGCAGUUGAUGAUGUAUCCAAUAGUGGCAGAAUAUGUAUAUUAGAUAUUGAUAUGCAAGGAGUUAUACAGGUGAAAGAUUCAGAACUUCAUCCAUAUUAUCUUUUCAUCCAACCACCAUCUAUAGAGGAACUCGAACAGCGCUUGCGAGCUCGAGGGACAGAAACUGAAGAAAGUUUAAGUAAGCGCUUAGAAACCGCCAAAAAGGAAUUGGAGUAUGGUGCUGUCGAAGGGAAUUUCGACAAGAUCAUCGUCAACGACAAUAUUGACGAAGCUUAUGAAGAAUUGCGCGAGUUUAUUAACCCCAUCAUAGAAAGCAAAUGAUGUGCGUGAAAUUUAUAUAGGCUUUUGGUCUUUAUUUUUUGUUUAGACUAGCAUUUCCUUGCAUUUUAAUUUCUAUGAAUGCUGUCAGUAUCCUGGCAUAAUUUAUUUUUUAAUCUGAAAUUAGUUAUAUAUUUUGAAAAUGUGAUUUUUAUAUGCUGCUCUAGUUUACAAUUAAAACUAGAACAAAACUGGCCACUAAGUUUUCCAGAUAAUAGGUAUUGAAAAGAUGUGACUAUCUCAACAAAUUUGGACAUAUUUGCCUGAUACUUUGGAGGAUAUAAAAUUGUAAUGUGUAUUUAAAUGCAGUAAUAGCCUGGUGAAAUGAAUAAGCACAAAAAAUCUUCAUGUAGCACGAGAUCAGUAAUUUUUGGGUAAAAUGUCCAGUUUCUUGAAAUUGGGAAUCUGUAUGAAAUGUGAUACAAUACUCCACUUAGUUUUGGUCAGAAUUCAGGAAACAAAGUUUCAGUUCAUAUUUUAGUGUUUGUUAACAUUUGGACGAAAAAAAAAACUAAUUGCGCAUUGUUCAAACCCUGCAUUUUUUAUUAUGCAUUUACUUGCAUUUUCAACAAAAGUAUAUUAGUUAUAUCAGGGAAAUUUUGUGCUUUUCAAAAGAAUAUUCCAGGUUAGCUUAUUACCAAAGAUAUUGUGAAUAAAGAUGAUUGAUUGUGAAUAAAGAUGAUUGAUCUUUUAUUGCAGGGCACACACUUGAUAUGUGGAAGCUUGAUGGUUGUUACUAUUUUCUUAUUUCAUGAAAAAAAAAUGUGGUAUCAAGGGUUUCAAUAGUUAGUUAUCACCAAUAAUGUAUCUUUAUUUGCUAUGUAUUCUUAUUGAGAAGUUAAGAGGUUAAGUGGAUUGUAGUGAUACCAUUUGGCUAAUGUUUAUGGAAUGAAUGUUUUGAGAUUAACCAGUGUUAAUGAGAAGUUCGUGCUGAGCAUUAACUUCUGAAAGCAUCUUAAUUUCAUUUAGUAAAAAAUGUCAACACCUUUUACCCUUGAAAAUCAGAAUCUUGUGCAGCUUUUACAACUCUUAAAAAAUUUGUAUUAGCUUAACUUAAAAAAACUUUUAAAAAUUUGUAUUAGCUUCUGUUAUUAUGUAGCACUUUUUAAUUCUUAAGUCUUGGAGUGAUAGUUUCAUCGUUCUUACAAAAAUAUUCCACAUCAGGAUACCAUCUGUACCUAAAUAUUAAAAAAUUUAUGAAUUUCAUUCAGUUUGUGUCUCAUGGUUGAAACAUAAAUUGAAAUGUAAUUUUGACAUUUAGUUCAUAUUUUGGUUUUAUUCCAGACAAUUUUUUUGGAGGACCAUUUGACAUGGCAAUGUCCAGGAGGUAUUUUACAAUUUACUUUUAGGUGUGGCUUUGCUCUUUUACUCUGGGUUUUCAGUUUGAGGAAGGUAUGCAUUGUAUACAGAAAAGAAUGCAAAAAUGUUGCUAGGCUUGCCUGCCACUAUUGUAUAUGCACCAUAAAAUGCACUUUAGGAUUAAGGUUGUCACGUUGUGAUACUGCUAUUAUUUUUCCUGAAGAUACUACUAUAAUCAAGAACCGAAUAACAACUGUUAUGUUAUAGUACUUUUACUAGCUUAUAUUUAUUACUUCCCAUGCUGAACUACAUGUGUUCACUAUUUAUAUCAGUCUUAAAUAAUAAGGGGACACUAUGCACUAGUUUGUUUACAGAGUAAAACAGUAUACAAUAAAAUGUAUUCACUGUUGGGGGUCCAGCCAUUAUGAUAAUUACUUAUAUAGUAUAUAGUAUUUCCCUUUCAGUGACUGAAAGGACAUUUAUAUCUUAUACUUCUGUAAAUUUUUGUUGCUCUCCAAGUCACCUCCCCCAUUUAGAAUAAAGUAGGUUUAUUUUAUUAUUUUUCGUAGGUGAUGCAUUCCUAGAAUGAUUGUUUGUGAUAGUUAUUUUUUGUAGACUAUUUUGUGUAGAACAUAGAAAAGACAAAGAAUUGUAAUUCAACUAAAAAUUAAUUAUACAUUAGUGUAACAUACUCGGAUGUUUCUCCGAAACAAAUUGGUGUUAAUGUAUUUAUUUGUUAAGAUAGCAGUGAUGCUGGUUAUUUGAAAAUGUAACGAUAAUAAACAGGCCUUAUGUA